GCCCCGGAAGACUCAGAGGAGGGGUGUCGGCUCGCUGUCCGCCGCUUCUCAGCGGUGGGGCUGCUGCAGAGCAUCUCAGCGAACCUAACAGGAACUGGAGCCACUCUUUGUUCUAGCUGCUGCUUCCUAAACCCUCCCGCGCCUGGGUCCAAUUUCCUAGCCUUUCCCGCUCUCUCCUCCCGCCUGUCCCCGACAGCUGGGCCCUGCGUCCCCCACCACAACCUCUUCGUCCCAGAUCCUGCGCUCACCCUUUCCCCAAACUUCUGUUCGGUGCCCUUGCCUGGUCCCCUUCUCUCCACCCUCCCUCCUGCAUCUCGGUCGCCCCGCCGGGCCCCGCCCCUCCAGACAGGGGAUGUUCCCCGCAGCCCUGCGCCCAUGGUCCUGACGCUGCUGCUCUCCGCCUACAAGCUCUGCCGUUUCUUCGCCAUGUCAGGCCCACGGCCGGACCCCGAGCGGCUAGCGGUGCCGGGGCCGGACGGGGGUGCCGGCGCGAGCCAAUGGUGGGUGGCGGGCAGCCGCAGGCCCCGCGCGGUAUCGCCGGGGGGAAGCACCGAGGUGCAGGGCGCCCUGGAGCGCGCACUGCCCGAGCUGCAGCAGGCGCUCUCGGCGCUGAAGCAGGCAGACAGCGUGCGGGCCUUGGGAGCCAGCCUAACUGAAAUUUUCCAGCUUGUGGAGGAGGCCUGGCUGCUACCGGCCAUGGGCCGCGAGGUAGCCCAAGGCCUGUGCGACGCUAUCCGCCUGGAAGGUGGCCUGGACCUGCUGCUACGCCUGCUCCAGGCGCCGGAGCUGGAGACGCGCGUGCAGGCUGCCCGCCUGUUGGAGCAGAUCCUGGUGGCCGAGAACCGGGACCGCGUGGCGCGCAUUGGGCUGGGCGUGAUCCUGAACCUGGCAAAGGAGCGUGAGCCGGUGGAGCUGGAGCGCAGUAUGGCUGGCAUCUUGGAGCACAUGUUCAAGCAUUCGGAGGAGACGUGCCAGAAGCUGGUGACAGCCGGGGGCCUGGACGCGGUGCUGUAUUGGUGCCGCCGCACGGACCAGGCGCUGCUCCGUCACUGCGCUCUGGCGCUAGCCAACUGCGCGCUGCACGGGGGCCAGGCGGUGCAGCGGCGCAUGGUGGAGAAGCGUGCCGCUGAGUGGCUCUUCCCGCUCGCCUUCUCCAAGGAGGACGAGAUGCUGCGCCUGCACGCCUGCCUGGCCGUGGCUGUGCUGGCCACCAACAAGGAGGUGGAGCGCGAGGUGGAGCACUCCGGCACGCUGGACCUCGUGGAGCCGCUCGUGGCCUCGCUGGAUCCCGGGCACUUCGCCCGCCGCAUGGUGGACGCCAGUGACACCAGCCAGGGCCGUGCCCCUGACGACCUGCAGCGUCUUGUGCCGCUGCUCGACUCUUCACGCUUGGAGGUGCAGUGCGUCGGGGCUUUCUAUCUCUGUGCGGAGGCAGCCAUCAAGAGUCGGCAGGGCAAGACCAAGGUAUUCAGCGACAUAGGUGCCAUCCAGAGCCUGAAACGCCUCGUCUCCUACUCCACUAAUGGCACCACGUCGGCGCUGGCCAAGCGCGCGCUGCGCCUGCUGGGCGAGGAGGUGCCGCGGCGCAUCCAGCCCAGCGUGCCCAGCUGGAAGGAAGCCGAGGUCCAGACGUGGCUGCAGCAGAUCGGCUUCUCCCAGUACUGCGAGAAUUUCCGGAAGCAGCAAGUAGAUGGAGACCUGCUUCUGCGGCUCACCGACGAGGAACUCCAGACCGACCUGGACAUGAAGUCAGGCAUCACCCGCAAGAGGUUCCGGCGGGAGCUCACGGAGCUCAAGACCUUCGCCAACUACGCAACGUGCGACCGCAGCAACUUGGCUGACUGGCUGGGCAGCCUGGACCCGCGCUUCCGCCAAUACACCUACGGCCUAGUCAGCUGCGGCCUGGACCGCUCGCUGCUGCACCGCGUGUCCGAGCAGCAGCUCCUGGAGGACUGUGGCAUCGGCCUGGGCGUGCACCGCGCCCGCAUCCUCACAGCCGCCAGAGAAAUGCUACAUUCCCCGCUGCCCUGCACCGGUGGCAAGCCCGGCGGGGACACUCCAGACGUCUUCAUCAGCUACCGGCGGAAUACAGGCUCCCAGCUGGCCAGCCUCCUGAAGGUGCACCUGCAGCUGCACGGCUUCAGUGUCUUCAUCGACGUGGAGAAGCUAGAAGCUGGCAAGUUCAAGGACAAGCUCAUCCAGAGUAUCAUGGAGGCCCGCAACUUCGUGCUGGUGUUGUCGGCUGGGGCUCUAGACAGGUGCGUGCAAGACGACGACUGCAAGGACUGGGUGCACAAGGAGAUCGCGACUGCUCUGAAGUACCGCAAGAACAUCGUGCCUGUCAUUGACAGCUUCGAGUGGCCAGAGCCCCAGGCCCUGCCGGAGGACAUGCAGGCUGUGCUCAACUUCAAUGCCAUCAAGUGGUCCCACGAGUACCAGGAGGCCACCAUCGAGAAGAUCAUCCGCUUCCUGCAGGGCCGCUCCUCCCGGGACUCGUCUGCUGGCUCUGACACCAGUUUGGAGGGCACUGCACCCCCUGGGCCCCAUCUAACCAGCCCCUAGCCCCCAUUUCCGUCAUGCCCCCCAUUUCCAUCAUCCUCCCCACCCCAGUGGAACAGCCCCUCAAACUGGCCUCCCUGGGCUGACGCAGCCUGGGCUCUUCUCAGGAAAUGGCUAACUCCCCUGUCCUCAUGGUCCACCUCAAACCCAACGUCCUCAGUAUCUGCAAAGAGAAGGGAAGCCAGGCACUGGGGGUGCUAAGACCUCCCCCAGGCCCUUGCCCUCAGUUCCUGUCUUGAGUGUGGAAGGGUCACUGCUCAGCUCUGAGGAGGUUCUGGAGGAGGAGGGUUUGUUGUGUGUUAACCAUUCCUGCCCUGCCAACAGCCGGCUUGAGUGGAGUGAAGGCAGGCAAACUCCAGCAGGGGUUGGUGCCUUGGCCACCCUUCUCCACCAAGCAAGGGCUUGGGCCCGGGAGCCAGCCAGGGAUGAGAGGCCAGCCAUGGUCUCCACUGAGAGUGUGCCUGGCCCCUGCGCUCACCACUUCCUACCGCCUGUGGCCUUGCCUCAUAACCACUUAGUGCCCGUAGCUAGCCUGACCUGACCCCAGGUCCCCUCCCAGCCUUCCUGAAGUGCAGCCUCCUUUGCCACACCUGGGGUCAGGGUGACAGCGAGCUAGCCCUCACUCAGGCUGGUCGGCAGCUGUGGCCUGUGCUCACGGGUGCAAUGGGAGCUCCUGCUUGGGCCUGAGCAGGGGAGGCUGCGUCUCAGAGUGCAGCUAGCCAACCUAUUAUGCCUCGGUGCUGUGUGCCAGGCCUCUGCCCAGCCUGGCUCAGCCCCCCAUCCACCCACGAAAGGCUGCUCACCACCCACUGACUCAGGGAAGUGGAGCGAGGCAGCUCCGUGGGGCAGCAGCAGUAGCCUGGGCAGAACCUGUAGCUCCCCCAGGUGUGAACCCACUGCCCCCCAGGAGGGGAGAGGCAGGGCUGGUGAGGAGAGGCAAGAUCCUGAAGAAGGGGGGAUUUUGUUAAAAUUCCAUUCAGGACACCUGGUGUGGGGCCCGAGUUCCUGCAUUCCUCAUGAACUCCCCGGUAGGCUAAAGCUGGUGACCAAGGAAUGACACUCAGUACCUUAGGCAGCCAGGCUCUAAGUCCUCACAGAUGUCAAUCAUUUCCCUGACACUUCACCCCCUGGCCUCUAAUCACCAGAGCAACCUUACCUGGUAUCAUCUCUGUCUGACAGAGAAGGAACUGAAUGAUGUGCCCAGUGUCCCAAGUCACCAGAGACGCAGACCAGGCCUCCUGGCACCCCGUCCAUGGCCAGGGGCCCUGCUCUCUUGAGAAUUAUCCAGGAGGCUGCAUCCCAGGCAGGGCUGUUGCUCUACAGAACGGCCGGCUUCCCUCUUGCCCCCAGGACUCUAGCCAUGGGGGACAGGCUUUCACAACAGACACCUGACCCAGAGGCUGUAAAGAAAUAACCGAGCAGAAGAGUCCCUCGGCCCCUUUCUCCACCAGGGGUAGAGAGCAUCUCCUGCCAAUAAAUGCAGGCUCCAGCUAAUGGGCUCGGCGGGCACCGGCCCAGCCCCUCCCCUCCCAAGGGCAGUGGGUUCACAACUGGCUCAGGUCCCAGAGCUGCCUCCCACAGAUGCAAGCUAGGCCCCUCAGAGCUCCCCAGCCACAUCUGCACAGUCAAAGGUCUCGCCCCAGGCUUGGAACUCCUUCCUUCCACUCCCCUCCCUGCCAGACACACUAGCCAGUCCUCUGAGUGCCCUUCACCCUUUCUCCUUCAUGCUUCAUGAAUGCCCACCAGUGUCAGGCCCUGGACAGGACGGUACCGAGGCAGAUCGGAUGUUGCCCCCAAGAGCAGAGGCAGUAACAAUAUAAUGUGAUGAGUCUCCUCCAGAGAAGGCCUUGUCUUCUUGUUCCCCAUCAGUUCCACUCUCUCGGGAGGCUCCUCACCAGCAGUACUCUGAGAGGUUGCCCAGCACACCCUCCACUGCCUGCCUCCUCUCUCUGGGGAAUCAGAGCCCAGCCUCCAGGCCCUGCUGGAGCAGCUGAAAUAAAAACCCUCGCUCUGCCAGGCCAGUGC